GCAUUACGCGGCAACAUUCUUACUGCUCCCUUGCGUUCUCGAUCACACACACCACGCGGAGCUUAUCAUGUGGUGGCACUGACGAAAGUGACAAAUCACACGCUUGACCAGUCAGCCUCUCUCUCUUGUCUGUCUUGUCUAGUAAUGAAUUCGGUUCCCUGGUCCCCCCUGUUCCUCAGAUUAGGUCAAAGAGCCGUCAGCCGUCGGGGAUAUAUCAAACUCCGCAAAUUGGCAGAGGAAGUUGGUACUUGUCCCCCGCAGCGACUCCGCGUUGCUAAUGCUUGUAUCUUGAUUAGCUGCGAAGAUCACCAACAGACCAACAGCUUACUGUCCGCGAUACCAAGAACAGCCCAAGAACAGCCCAAGACAAAGGGCUUUACUUACCCCACACGCCAAUUUCGAUGGAUUCAACGGCCUGCCGUUCUCCCCCUGGCUCCCCCCCAACUAUCGCAAAAGUUGUAUUACCCUGGCUGUUGGUGCGACUGGGUUUUUGCGAAGCUUUAAAGGUCGGUUGUACGGUGUCCCGAAUAACAGAACAAUCCACCUAACUUUCCUCUUUCCGUCAUUCUUCUUUUUUCCUCUUCGGUUUGCGACACGGAAAGAAGAAAAGAGGAACAGCUUAGAACGAUGCCGUCUUCAGAAUCCGGCGAAAUGUCGUCGAACAAGGCGACGGUGGAGGAGCUCGAGAAGGGGAGCGUGAUCCAGGUUAGCUCUACCGAGAAGAACCUGACGCGUAGGGUCCUGUGGAAGUUAGACACGAGAAUCCUUCCGGUUCUUGCAGUACUGUUCCUCUGCUCGUUCCUGGAUAGGACCAACGUGGGAAAUGCGCGGCUGUACAAUCUCGAGGGGGACAUCGGCAUCACGGACCACCAGUACGAUCAAGGUCUCGCUGUCUUCUACGCGACGUACAUCCUCAGCGAGAUCCCGAGUAACCUGAUCCUCAAGAAGCUCACGCCUCAGAUCUGGCUACCAUGCCUGACCUUCUUCUGGGGCGUGUCGGCUAUGUGUCUUGGAUUCGUACAGAACUUUGCGGGCUUCGCUGGCGUUCGUGCGCUUCUUGGACUUACCGAAGGUGGUCUACUACCUGGAAUUGUCCUAUAUUUGUCGACCAUCUACACGAGAGGUGAACUCGCCCUGCGCAUCGGCGUCUUUUACACAGCCGCGUCCUUGUCAGGCGCAUUUGGAGGCCUAUUAGCUCGUGGGAUAGCUGAGAUAGGCACUCGGGGUGGCCUGAAUAAGUGGAGAUGGAUCUUCGUCAUUGAGGGUCUCUUCACGGCCCUCGUCGGAAUUGCUGCUUACUUCCUGCUUCCUAACGGUGUCGCUUCGGCUAAAUUCCUGACUCCCGAAGAGCGUGAAUUCGCUGUUAAUCGGCUUCAUGCCUCCAGUGGUACCGGCGACGGCAACCAUCGUGAAAAGGAGGCUUCUGAGAGGUUCGCCUGGUCUGAGGUGAUUCGUGGUGUCUUCAGUCUGCAGACUUGGUUCACAGCCUGUGCAUACUUCGGUAUUCUUAGUGGUCUUUACAGUUUCGGUCUCUUCCUUCCGACAAUCAUUUCAGGAUUAGGAUACACUGCAGACGAAGCUCAGCUGUGGUCCGUUAUCCCCUACGCGGUGGCUUCAGUAAUCACAGUCAUUACCGCGUUUAUCUCCGAUCGAUUCCGUGUCAGAGGUCCCGUUAUGCUCUGCUCGCUACCGUUGGCGAUUAUUGGAUACGGUGUGAUUGCUAACACGAAGAACGAUAAAGUCAAAUACGGCAUGACUUUCCUCAUGGCUACCGGUCUUUACAGUAGCGUGCCACCAGUUCUGGGUUGGCUCUCGAACAACUCUGCCGGUCACUACAAGCGCGCUACGACGAGCGCGCUGCAGCUUGCCAUUGCGAACUGUGGUGGAUUCGUCGCCGUCUUCAUUUACCCGAAGUCCCAAGGACCGGCAUACUAUGAAGGCCACACCAUUAUUAUGGGAUUGCUGUGUGGUGGAUGGUUCUUAGUCGCUUGUAAUGUGUUAUACUGCUGGAAGAUCAACCGAGAUAAGGCGAAUGGCAAGUACGACAAGUACCGCGGGUUCGGUGACGACCGUGAUCCGGCAUUCAAGCUGGUUCUAUAAAUUAUCGAUGGGCUGAGUGAGAAUGAGGGGAAGGUUAGCAAACAUGUGUUUUAUGGGGAGUCGGUAACGAUAUAGCCACGACGGAAUCAUCUUAUGCAAGGAAAAAUUGGACCAACUUACCUUGGCAUGAGUCUAAAGGGAAGGUUGGUCUCGUUUUAAGUCCCUCACUGAGGUAUUUCACCAGAUACCCGCAUGGUUUCAUGAAACUUCACGAUAUACUGAGAUAUCCAUGGGAAUUAUAUGAGAUACUUUUGAGUAUAGGCUAACGAUAGGCCAACGAUAGGAUUAUGGGUAUUAUAGAAUUGGUAUUCAGGGGUUUCCUGGAGUUUUGAACACUUUACGUAACAACUGGGAAAUAUAAUAUCUUUAUAGUUGUGAUGUUUUUGUCGGUUCUUCAGCGGUAGCUUGGCCCUCUUGGCCUUCUUGGCUAACAUUUAGGAGUACCCAUAUUAUACUCAAAUCCGUCUUCAUCC